UUGGAAAAGAAAGUGGCAGUCGGCAGUUAGGUGUGAUUGCGUAUUUGCAGUUCGCCGUGUGCAUUGAUUUGUUUGAUUUAUGUAUGAUAGUUGUUCUUUCUCUCUCUCUCUCUCUUUCUCUCUCCUUCCUCAAUCGUUUUCCUAUUUGAACUCCUCUUCGCCGCAAUCUAUCUUCUGGAGCCGCCGUGUGGGUCGGGGGCCGACGCGUGGCCCGUAGCCCAGGCGCUACAGCAUGGGAAUACCUGUCGCCUCGACCGCGUCCGCUGGCACUGCUAAGGAGUCGAGCAUGGAGGCGGCAGUCGCGCCGGAAGCGCUCGAGCCGCAGUUGCUCGAGGCGCUCGAAGCGGCCCUGCCGGAGGACGCUCCAGCUGGACACCCCGCGUGGGAGAAGGUGACGUUCAGGCAUCAGCACCCCGCCAGGAGCCAGUUCAGGAUCGGGCAGCACACCUUGCAGGCGACCCUCGGGGUCUGCCUCACCGAGGAGGCCACGAUGCGCGUGGCCCGGGCGCUGUACGUGCGACUCGCCAACGGGGAGCCCAAGGAGCGCGUGAUCGAGUUCAGGGCCGAGGUCUACGCCAGGAUCAAGGCGCUCAGGAAGGGUGGAGCGCCUCCCCGGCCGACCCCCGCCGCUGCCGCCGCCGGCGCGGAACUGGCGAGCUCGACCCCCGCCGCCGCCGCCGCCCCGGCUGCUGGCGGCGCGCUGCCGGCGGGCUCGCCGCCAAUCGCAGCGGUUCCGGCUGCUUGCCCCGCGUCGUUGCCGCCCGGCAGCGCGGCGGCCGUUGGCGCCGCCGCCGCGGCCGCGGUGGAGAAGGAGGACGCGCCCGCGGGCCACGAGGCGUGGAGCAAGAUCAUCUACUAUCCCAGCGGGGGAGCCGUCUUGCUGAGCCUGGGCUCGCUGGGGGUGCGCCGCCCAGACGGCGGCCGGCUGCGCUUCCAGACCACGGUGGGCGCCUGCGCGGGCAGUGCGGACCCCGUGGCGGAGGCGCACCGCAUCGCCCGGCUCUGCUACGUCAGGUUCGCGGAGGGAGCCAGCCGGGAGGAGGUGGACGCCUUCAGGAAGGCCCAGUACGAGGCCUUGCAGGUGCCAAGCGGGGCGCCCGCGCACGGUGGGGCGGCCAAGCGCAGGGGCGCCCCGGCCCCGGCCGGGGGCGCCGGCGCGAAGAGGCCGCGGCACCCGUCGGGCUCGGGCGCGCGGGAGGCGGCCAGGCGGGAGCUGCAGGCGCAGGGCCGCCUGGAGGGUUCGCUGCUGCUGGAGGGCCGGGCGGCCAAGAGGAAGAACGCGUCCAUCAACGGGGUGUACGCCCGCUGCGCGGAGGACUUCGGCGGCCACCGCGCCUACGAGAAGGUGGUCGCCGCCGGGUCCGCGCCGCGGUUUCUGUACUACUGGGGCGAGAGGUCCCGGUGGAAGGUCGACAGCAAGCUGGGGGGCGAUAAGAGCGGGUUCGCCUACCUGAAGCUGGCCGGGGCCAGCUCUCCGGCGGAAGCGGGGCCAGACCAGUACUGGCACGUGUACGACGACAGGGAGCAGGGCUACAACAAGGACCCGGCCGUGCGGUGCUCGGAGUUCGCGCCGGAGCCACACGGUGCCGCAACGUCCGCGGCCGCCACUGGCUCCAGGGCGGCCGCGGCGCGGGGCGCGCCGAGCUCGGACGGGUCCAGUGACGACGGUUCCAAUGACGACUCCGACGACUCUGGCGACGACUCCAGCUCCGCGAGCGACGCGACGCCUCAGGCUGGGCCAGUGGUCGCAGUCCCGGCGAAGGGUGCGCAGGCCGUUGGGGCUGUGAGGGCGCGGGCAUGCGCGAAGAUGAUGGUACGCUCCGGCGUUCGGUGCGCAUGCCACUUCAAGUUGGUACGGGAUUGUCCAGAUCAUGCGAGCUCCUGAAAAUACGAAGUGGAUGUGGUGUCGGAGAGAGGUGUAAGAACAGACUUGGCUCGAGAAGGGUACCUUAAGGAUGAUCGGCAUGUUGUUUCCAUGUUCGUGUUCAGCCUGGGGAAGGGCGCUCUCGAUGUUCUUCAGUUUGACUCCUUCCAGUAGGGCUGGGGCUCCAAGCGCAUAGUUCGGCUACGUGCGUUCGUGGCGCAGGCAGGUCCCUCCGUGUUCUUCGGUCCCAUGUCAUGGUGCGACCUUCAGCAACCGCGCGCUCA